UAAACAUAACGCCGCCCAACUCUAUAUCUUCUCCUCCUCCUCGCCAACGUCAUCGGCCUAUUUCUCUGUUGCUGGUUCUCCAUCGGAAGCUGUUGCAGUCUCUUCAUCUCCUCGAUGUGGGUAAUCCAGUACAGUCUUAGAAUUGACUCUAAUCCGAAAGCAGCAGAGUCGUCCGGUUCCAAUUCGAGACGAUGAGCGCUGUCAACCUCACCAACGUCGCCGUUUUGGACAACCCCGCUGCGUUCCUUAAUCCCUUCCAGUUCGAGAUCUCCUACGAGUGCUUGGCCCCACUUAAAGACGAUUUGGAAUGGAAACUCAUAUACGUGGGGUCUGCCGAGGACGAGACUUAUGACCAACUUCUCGAAAGCGUGCUUGUUGGGCCCGUCAACAUUGGCAACUAUCGAUUUGUCCUUCAGGCAGACCCUCCAGACCCAUCAAAAAUCCGUGAAGAAGAUAUCAUUGGGGUCACGGUACUGCUCUUGACAUGUUCUUAUCUAGGACAAGAAUUCGUUCGAGUUGGAUACUAUGUGAACAAUGAUUAUGAUGAUGAACAGCUACGGGAGGAACCUCCCCCUAAGGUGUUGAUUGAUAGGGUUCAAAGAAAUAUUUUGGCUGACAAACCCAGGGUCACAAAGUUCCCAAUCAAUUUCCAUCCUGAGAACAACGAGCAAGUUGAAGAAGCCCCUUUGCCUGAUGCUAUUGAAACCAAUGAGAAUGGAGAGGAGCCACCCCCUUCACCGGAUCAACCGCCCGGGGAACAGUAGUUGUACAUCGAAGUAGCUGCUGACAUUCGGGACAUCCCCUCUUCCAAUUUUGACGAACUGAUCAUUUUGGGUGAGCUUGAUCUUCCAAAUAUUGAAGAUCUCCAUCCUUGAUAAUGUCGCAAACUGAUGUGUUGUGAAGUGUCAGUUGGAAUGUGUUGUACCAUUUUUUGUAUGCCAGUGUUGUUACAAUCUAUAAAUCUUCCUCUCUCCACAGUUGGCACAUUGAUUUUCUUGCCGAGGGCUGUGCAGCUCUGGGAUUAGUCUGGUUUAAGUUCUUGGAUGUCAGGUGCCAAUAAAACAAAAAACGUUGGCACAACGAGGAUAAAAUAGAUCUUGGAAUGAUUUAUUUCAACAUACUCACACGGAUUCCUUCUAUAAGUUUGGGUAUGUCCAUGUUUCCUAGUCAUUUAGCUGCACUAUUUGGAAACCUUGUGUCAAACGCUGAAAGCCUUCUCUCUCGAGAACUAGAUAUGAACGAUUUGCUUACCUUUUCUUGGCA